AUGGAAUCCCCUCACGAGCACCAGCAGAACUUACUGCUUUCCCGUAUCAUCACCAAUGUGGAAAAGCUCAACGAAGCUGUCGUUGUUAUGAAUAAGAGCCUUCAGGACAUCAACAUUCAGAACAUGAACGUUGAAUUGGUUGCGCAAAUGUUCAAGAACUACCAAUCGAACGUUCUAUUUCACCUGGAGGCCACGGACAACCUUAAGCCCCCGAACUGA